CAGCGUGUGUUUAUUGAUGAGAUGAAAAGAAGAUGGAAGUGAGAAAUGAAACAAAGUAAAGGAACAUAUUAAAAUAAAAAACUAUACGCGCUUCGUCGGGGGAAAACAGGGGGAGCCGUGGAAACGCUGUCGACACUUUUUGAACGAGCUUCGAAGUACAGAGCAACACAUGAUUUGGACAGAGAGGACUGACAGCCUUGCCUAGCACCCGGCCUCUGAUCAGCCAUCUCCACCAGCAAACUGAAGCUUGACCCGCACUUCAUCACCAGCCUCACAAGCAUCUUCGGAACAAAACGUCAUCUAACUGUGACAUCAGUUGCAAGGGGAUGACCGAGCGCAUUCAUAACAUCAAUCUCCACAACUUCAGCAAUUCUGUACUUGAGACCCUCAAUGAGCAACGCAACCGUGGGCACUUCUGUGACGUGACUGUUCGGAUCCAUGGAAGUAUGCUGCGAGCUCACCGGUGCGUGCUGGCUGCUGGAAGCCCCUUCUUUCAGGACAAGCUGCUCUUGGGCUACAGCGACAUUGAGAUCCCUUCUGUGGUCUCAGUGCAAUCCAUCCAAAAGCUGAUUGACUUUAUGUACAGUGGGAUUCUGCGGGUAUCUCAGUCCGAGGCCCUGCAGAUCCUUACUGCUGCCAGCAUCCUACAGAUCAAGACCGUCAUUGAUGAGUGUACCCGCAUUGUGUCCCAGAAUGUGGGCCUGGCUGGGCCGGGGGGGUUCCCUGUUAUACCAGGAGACUCUGGUCAGGAGACUCCCCGUGGCACGCCAGAGUCCGGCACCUCCGGGCCAAGCAGUGACGCAGAGUCAGGUUAUAUGCAAGCAACAUCACAAAGCAUGGACCGUGCAUGCACAUCACUGUACUCCUACCCUGGCCUCACUCUGUCGAACGGCACCCGCGAGCGCCACCUGUACAUUAACCCUAUGUCAACAAGUUACGAUCCAGCUCUCGGCACUCAGAAGGACCAGCAAUCUCAAGAUCCGCCCUGGAUGAACCGCAUCCAGGAGAGAUCUCAGCAGGUCGACCGCUUCAUCUCCACAGCAGAGUCCACUCACUGCCGCAAGCAACCCCGACCGUCACGCAUACAAACAGGAGGGAUGCACAUAAAGCAGGAGGCUGAAGACGAGUACAACUGCUACGAUCAUUUGGGGGACUGCCAAGACGACACUGACCAGACUGAGGGUGUGGAGAGUGAAUCCAAGGUUGAAAGUUUUGACUCAGGGGUGAGCUCCUCCAUCAGUACUGAGCCAGAUGCUAUGGAGCAGCAGCCGUACCUGACGAGCUUCGGCCGAGACGGGGACGGGCACGGUGAAGGAGGUCCGGUGCAUAUAGAGGUCAAUGACUCGUCCCCAGAGCAAGUGCAAGAUACAGACGAGGGGGACGCAUCCCACGGCCCUAGUGACAGUAGCAUGAUGCAGCCCCUGCCAAACUCAGUCAUGUCCCAGUCCCUGCCAAGUGCCCCGCACUACAUGCGCCAACCAGAAUCACUCACCAGCAAUCUGAGGAUGCCGCUCACCGUACCCAGCAAUUCCCAAGUGAUGGGCACUGCUGGAAGCACCUUCCUGCCCACGCUCUUUCCUACACAGCCGGCUAGAGACAACAAGCCUUUCCUUUACCUUCCUGGCCAGCAGCAAACCCAGUUUGUGGCCGUGCCGCCCCCUGCAAUGCCAUCAUUCCCGAACCCCAUGUCGGUACAGCAAGCGACAGCUCAGCAGCAACAGGUUGUAGGAGGAAUUGGUCCGGGUGAAAAGAAGCCCUAUGAAUGCACUCUCUGCAGUAAAACCUUUACUGCUAAACAGAACUACGUCAAACACAUGUUUGUCCAUACUGGUGAGAAGCCUCAUCAGUGCAGCAUCUGCUGGCGCUCGUUCUCCCUGAAGGAUUACUUAAUCAAACACAUGGUGACACACACAGGGGUGCGGGCCUACCAGUGCAGCAUCUGCAACAAGCGCUUCACCCAGAAGAGCUCUCUCAAUGUCCACAUGCGGCUGCACCGUGGAGAGAAGUCCUAUGAGUGCUACAUCUGCAAGAAGAAGUUCUCACACAAGACCCUACUGGAGAGGCACAUGGCCCUGCACAGCACAGGCAGCGCCAUCACCGGGCUGUCGGGGAGCGCAGGUACCCCGGGCCCGGUCUCCAUUCCUAUGCCUAUGGCUGUCCCCGAGCCUGGAGCUGGAGUGGUGGCCCUCGCCAUGCCAGUGAGCGGAGGUGCUGGAGUAGGGGCUGGGGUUGGAACAGGAGUGGGUGUAGCUGCAGAAGCGAGCUGCCAAGAAGGGACCACCUACGUGUGCUCCGUCUGCCCUGCCAAGUUCGACCAAAUGGAGCACUUCAAUGACCACAUGCGAAUGCAUGUCUCCGAUGGAUAAGUACUAAUAGAUAAACUUCUUUCAAAAAGAAUGACAAAUAAAAUGGCACUAGAUUUUCCUUUUCUUAUUUUGAGGUAUGAAGAGUAAUGAGUAUAGACACUGGCACAUUAAGUUUCCCAAAAAUUUUUUUUUUUUUUUUUCUGUUAUUCUAAAAGAAAAAAAAAGAUGGUGGCCUUAAGGCUUAGUAGUUUGAUAUUGAUCUACUGGAUGGAUCCUAACUACAGGCCUCUAAAUGUAUGCUUUCCUAAAAUACUGAUUUAUGUGUUGAACACUACCGAAAGGCCUACGAAAGAAACACAUACACACAAACACACCUUAAGUGUAGUUAUGUCUGAAUGAAUAUACAUGUGCAUAGAUGUUGGAGCGUGGGUGUGUCUGCAUGCGUCUGUCUGUCUGUCCCUGUGUGUGUGUGUGUGUGUGUAUGUGUGUGUGUGUGUGUGUGUGUGUGUGUGUGUGUUUGGGUGUAAGUGUGUGUGUGUGUGUGUGUGCGUGUGUGUGUGUAUGUAUGUGUGUGUGUGUGUAUGUGUGCGUCUGUGUGUGUGUGUGUGUGUGUGUGUGUGUGUGUGUGUACAUUGCCAUGAGACAUAAAUCAUGGUAGUUGUGAACCCAUACUGACCAGUUUGGAAACUAUAGAUGUCCAAGCUUACUGUGGUAUAAUUUACAACAACAAUAACAAAAAAAAAGUCAUCUGGGGUUGGGCUACAUAUUCCCUCUAAAAAUACUGAUGGUCACAAGAUUGCCUUCUUAUGUAAAAUAAAAAAAGGAGAGUAGUUAAUUUGACACUGGGUUUUAUUUAUUCCUAUGGUAUUAAGGGAUUAUAAUGCAGCUGUUGUCAAGGUACCAAUUUCAAUCAUUUUACUGAAAUGUAACUUCCUGUCGGUGGUGACAGGGACAAAUAUUUCUCAUAUGUUUUGUAAUUGUUGUCCAUGCAUUUUGAUGGUUAAGUUUACUAAAUUAGGGUGUGUUGACGAGACAGUAUUUGAGCAAAAAUAUGUUUCUUUUUUUCUGAAGUUUGGAGUUUAACUCAUUUGCAUACACUGCCACUAAUAUCCUAAAAGACUGUUAAGGCUAGUAGACCUCUUCCAUUUCAAAACACAAGAAAAAAAGAAAGAUUCUUUUGCUGAUGUUUUUUUAAAGCCUUUCACAUUCACAGUUAAAUGGCAGGCUGGCAUAUGCGACUAAACUCUCUCCUUCAUAAUUGCUGCUCCUCAACUUGCACCUGACUGUUAUGGCAUGUAGACUAAAUUGUCACGUUAUUAUUAUUAUUAUUGAGUAGCCGUACAUGGUUGUAAUUUGAUAAUCGGAUUAUGAUAUUGGGGCGGGGGGGUGAGGCUUGUUAUUGAUUGGCACAGUGUUGAAGAGGGAGGGGUUUAAUUUGAAUCAAUUGGAAAUAAAUGCCAUCCUGAACCUAGACCCCUGUAUAACCUGUUCAUUACUAUUGCAAAGCUGUUUCCAGCAGGUGGGAGCUAAAUGCUUUGCUCUUCAUGCAUUGGCUCUCCCUGACGGCACAAAUGGCUUGCAACGUUUUGAAAGGAAAUACAGCCUCAAAGCAAAACACGUAGCUCCAUUGAAAUCACACACUUUUCGUGAUGUACCACACGUUGCAGACGGACUUUCUAGAUAAUAGUAUACAUUCCUGAUUUUUCUAAAAAACCUAGACACAGCAUGUACAGAAUAGAUUUGGAAGCUAGUGUGCGCAAGUUGUCAUCCAUGCAUCACAUCACAUAAGGCUCAUUUCUGAUAUUUGAAUUGUUUUCUAUUGCUUUUUAUUCGAGAUAGGACACACACACACACACACACACACACACACAGACACACACACACACACACACAUGCAACUGCCUGCAACUGCAAUCUGAAGGAUUUGCUCAUUCACAGUAUUUGAGCGAACACUUUCGUAGUUGUAUUGUUAAAAGAAUAACUAACUGCAUACGGCGGUCUUGCCGACCUGCUGUAGAUUAAAAAAAACAAAGUGCUACUUUGCACAUUUUCUUAAAAAUGCCUGUGCUUAAUAUUUUAUCAUUUUCCUUAAAUGAACUUCUAUGAUUUUCUUUUAUUCAAUUUCAAAGGAAAAAAAACAUUUUUUUAAAUCUUGAUAAGUGGACUGCAUUAUUUUCUUGCAUAUAUGUUGCACUGCUUAAACCAAUAAGUGCACUACUGUUAACAGAGAUAUAGUUUUAGAAAAGAGGAUUUUUUUUUUAAUCUAACAUUUGGUUGUAGAGUUCACAUGUAAUAGAAUAGCUUUGUUUCAAUUUAUUCAUUAAGUAAUUCAGCGGUUCUUGGCUUUUGUUAUCGCUUGCAGUUACCUACAGUAUAUCCUCGUGCCGUGUUAAUGCAAGCAAUUAUUUUUAUUUAAACGUUACAUUACGUGUGCUCAUCUAUGUUUGAACUUUUUUGAAUUCAUUCUUUGACAGAGUCAGUUCCCUAUAAUAACAGUUAAUCAAUCGCAUUUCUUUAGAAACAGACAGAAUUUUCCUCUGAGAACAUCCAAACCAAACAACAUUAACAGUGAAACAGUAAUAAUAAGCGCCGCUCCCGUCCAACUCCGUUGGCGGAGGUAAUAAUAAUAUCUAUGAUUAUAUUAUUGAUAACAAUAAUAAUAAUACAUUUAUAAUGUGUGUGUGUGUAACAUAAAUGAUAUGUGUGUCCUAGAACAACUUUCUGUGGGUUUAAAGGUGUGGCGAGGUGAUGGAAUGCAGCUUCUUUGAUAUCUGUCUGUCAGUUGUGCACAGUUGUGUCCCUUCCUUAGUGUUCGUAUGUCUGUGAGUGUCUGUGUGGUAUAUAGCCUAAUCAAACUGUUAAUAAGUGGAAUAUCUGAACUGUAGGGCUUCCUUUGCAAUAUGCAGCGCAGGUACUAUGAGAAGCAGCUCUCCAAACCUUUUGGGCUAAUACGGCACCUGUAACAUUUGUUCUGAGAUUAGACGAAAAGCCGAGGUCGAGUACUGUUGUACUUCAGUUUACCCGUUUGGAGAAGAAAAUUUCACAUAAUUGCUACUAGAUUCCUGAUCCCUGAAGUGAUGAACAUGUGAGAUCUGGAGAGAUUCUCCUCACCAAAAAAAAAAAAAAAAAAAAAAAAUGACCGCACAUGUUAAAUAUAGUGAAAAAGCGUGAGGUUAGUCCUCAGUAAAAGUAGCACAUUAUUUAACAUUUGAUUGGGCCUGUCUCCUAUGGUGUGCAUAUAAGCCUAAAUUGUAUGGUUCCUGUUUGUAGCUGUUGUUGCCAGGAUGGCAAUAUUGCUGCAUGCUAGUGCUAUAUUUGUCUCUACACAGCACGUGGAGGGUAAUCUCAUGCCUUAACAGACAAUGCACUAAAGAGAAUAUGUAAGCAACUGCCGAGAUCUCUUUCCAACAGUACUGCCACAUGUAUGGCACACAGCUCAUGGUGUUGGUGUUUGUUGUCCGUUCAGUAACCAAGUUAAACACUGCCAGUCUAACAUCAUCACUUCGUUGAAAGCAAAGGCAGAGACCUGAAUUGAAUUGUUUCAGUGUAAUGUAUGUAUUCAGUAAUCUAGCAUUCCUUCAUGGCACCUAAAUUUUUACAUAUUUUGUGUAAACACAUAUAUCAAAUGCACUAUUGACUGUAGCUAGAUGAGUACAACCAGCUUUGUGGUAUCAUUGGUCUAAAUAGUAGGUUAAGUAGCUCGAUGUUUGAAAUAUUUGAUUUCAGAAUUACACUAUCGAUUGUUUCUCUAUCUCUCUUUUUCUUUUCUUUUUUUUUUCUUUGGAAUAACAAAAGUAGCCAAUCUCAACGUAAUCCGGAUGAGGGCUAAUAACUCGUCCCAUUGUCAGUUGACUAGUUGUAUCAUAAGGUGUUUGAUAGCAGACCGGGCUCGGGAGGGGAAGACCCUUCUCUCCAGUGUGUCAUAAUGUGCUAUAGCAUACCCAGGCUUUUCUCCCCUGUCGCAUUAGCAUCACACGCUCUUCACUGUCCAUAGUUAUAUAUUCCUUAUACUGCUUCAGCUACUCGUGGUGGUGCUUAUAAUUCUCUUUUCUCAGUGUUGCAAAAAAAGUGGGUUUAAAAAUUGUUGAAAGUUGCAACAUUAUCCAGAAAAAAGUCCUUCUCUCAAUCGUGCUUCUUCUAGUUGUUAGUUUGAAAAAAAAAAAACGAGUCUAGACUUUAUGUUUUGCAAAGUGUUCGCAUAUUUUCCAGAACAAAACAUAUUGAAAAGUAGAUAAUAGCCUUGAGCCUGCAGCUGUUUGUAUUGUGUUUCAAAUAUAUUACUGUUCAUGUUUUGUUUAUAGUGUAGAGACACAGGGUCUACAGUACAUUGUUGUCCUUCUUGCAGUAUGUUUAAUUCAUCGUUAUACUUCUUUUAUUUCAGACUUCCUCCUGCUUUUUUUUAUGGUGAUCAUAGUGGUGUUGUUUAUACAUACAUAGCUUUCACGCAGCUGGAUAAAGGAUAGUCAGUUAUUGAGUCAUAUUUCACGGUGUACUAUAUAUGCUUGUAUGCUUUGCAUUGAGAUGAAAACAAGGAAAUGGAAGAUAGUAAUGGUUAGGGUCAUGUCGAGUAAGGAACAGGUUCAUUUUAUUCUGAUAAGCAUGCGUCUGUCUUCCUGUUUGUCAUUCAGUCUGUCUCCACACAUUUUUAAGUCAGAUCUUUUUUAUUUAAGCUUAAAUAAAGUCACAAAGAAUACAUAGAAUACAGAAAAAAAACCACAUGAAACAUUUUUCCUUUUUGGCCUUCUACAGUACACAUAUGAAAUAGAACUUCUUACAAAUAUACUAUAUAUAUUUAAGUAUCACCAUCUCCACACAGAUGAAGAAAACAUUUUCAGAUAGUUUGAUAAAGACAUAAUUGCAGCUAGAGUAUACAGUACCUUGUGGGAUAUAGGGAAUAUGCCUAUCAAGUGCCUAUCAGUACAUACAGCAACUAUACAGAAUAUUCAUAGUUUUUCUCUCCUACAUUGCACAGAUACAGUAUAUACACAAUGGUCUAUAAAAAAUACUAUUUAUACUAUUACUGCUAAGACCUGGUGGUUGUGAGUACAUCCUAAGAGAACCCUUUAAAAUACCUGAAAUGUUCUAUUCAUAUACAGUAAAAUACAGUCUGCAAGUUUUAUUUUUAUCUUACAUCUAUACAGUUUGGAGGAUUCAAAGAUAUAAAACGCAAUCAGAAAUAUACAAAAAACAUAUUUAUGUUUUUUUUUUCACGUUGCUCUCUCUCUCUCUUGUUGCUGUUUGGCAUUUUACACAUGCCAUUUUUUUUUUUUUGCGUUUCAGUUUUUUGCCAUUUGCAAACAAGCCAUAUACUGUACUGUAUGAUUGUGGGGGGAAAGGGCAGGGGCACUUUGUGAGCAGCAGAGGGCGCCACACAUCAGCUGGGACAUUCACUGCCACAAUGAGCUAAAAUCCAAGUCGCAUGAUAUGGAUUUUUUUUAAUGUAAAUGUUGGCAAAUAUUGGCAUUCUUCGGAUUAUAAUAACACCAAUAAGAGUGGCAGUAGCUUCCUCCACUUGCACCUACUGUAAAUGAAUUAAAAAUUGUUUGCAGGCUGCAGGAACUGGCAGCUGCUUUGAUAUUUUUUCUUCACGAUACAACUUUGUGUCCUUUGACCUUGAUGACAGGCUCUUCCACAUGCAAGCCAAUGCCCAAUUUCCCCACAACGACCAUUAAAGUUUUAUCUUACCUGACAGCCUUGUUGUUUACGUGCAGCUUGAAAUUGUAAAGGGCAGGCAACGAGCAACGUGAAAAAAAAAAAAAGAAAAGAAAAGAAAGAAACUCAUUCAUCAUUUAGAUAUUUAUAACCACUCCAGUACUUGGAGGCAAAAUGAGAUUACAAAUUGAAAGUUUUGGCAACAGAGAACACACACACACACACGCACACACACACACACACACACACACACACACAGCAUUCAAAUGUCUUUAAGUGGCUGGUUUAACAACAUGAAAACAAAACUGAAAGAAAAUAGUAGAAUAAAAAACCAUAAAUCAAGUUUCCAGACUGGGUGGCUGCGAGAUAAAAAAGGUUUUUGGGAUGGCUUAUUAUUCCGUCCCCUGUGGACUAAUUACCACAGUUUUCUCUGUAACCUUCUCCAGCCUAGUUACUGUGCCAAAUUUAGGAGAAAAAAAACACACUUUUUAAAAAUUGAACCACUAUUGUUAAAUUAGAAGUGAGGACGAAAAAGAAAAGACAUUUCUACAUCAUGUUAAAACAAAAUCAGAAGCAAGUGAUUGCCUUUAUCUUAAAUCUUUAAAUCCUCCAUAAUACAUAGUUUUCAAGUAAAUAGGAGAAAACAGCUAUGAUAAACAAAUGCACAUUUUGAAGGCUUAGUUUCAUAGACAUUUAAUGUUCAAAUAAAGCAUGAAUAAUAUAGGCAAUGUGAUAUAGCUAGUCCCUGUCAUCCAACCAUCACAAAAACAGCAUCUGUUCAGAUUUUAAACAUUCAAACAUGUUUUUGAGCUUUACACACAGACAGUGAAGCUGACACCUCUGAACUAAGCUAUAACAAACAUCUACAUUAUAUUCACUAUGACGCUUUCUCCGAACAUGCAGUUCUUACACUACCCUGGUGAGGUUUGUUUUUUUGAAAUGAAUAUCAUCAUCAGGUAACCAUCCAUCAAUGAAGCAUGCAGUCCUUUGUUUUUUGAUGGAGCACAAGUUAUAUUUUAAGUGUCCCUCGAUAGCAGGCUUUUUUUUAACACAAUGAUGAGGAGACUUAGGCGUGAUUUAGCCUCUGAAGACUAAACAUGGAGCCUCUUUGUGUUCUCACCCACUGUAGUCCUUUUACUCUGAAAAAAAAAACAACAAAAAAAAAAAAACAAGCAUUCCUGUUCAAGUCCAGAACAUUCCAACUCCUAGUCUGGCAUUCAUUUUUCUAACUAACCUAACAUUAAGGAAGAUUUCCAGCACUUAUAUAGUGGUUUUUACACAUCUGUUGGAUAUUUGGUCAUGUUGUAGCAAACAUUGCCCAUUACAUUAUAGUAAAAGAAUUUAUAUUUCCCACAAAUAGAUUUGUUUUUUUUUAAUCAUCUUAAUUAAAAUUUCGCCACACACCUCAUGAGCUUUGAGCACAGCUGAAGCUUGUUCUAUAGGCACUCUGCUGUCACUGUUUCUCUAUGUAGGUCUCUCUUUCAUAGCGCAGACACAUAAAAUACAAAAAAACAAACAAAAAAAAAAAAACAGCAAAAAUAUGUUGUCUCAGCCAGCACGUAGUCUGCCGUAACGCAGACUUAGAUUCAAACUUUUAGCACUGUACCGGAGGCAGGUGGUGGUCGUUUGUAAAGCGGGGCCAUGCUAAUCAUUAGAAGUCAAAUGAGAAAUAAAACUGUACUAGACAAUGUUUGUUUUCAUAAACCAAAGAAGGGUUAAGAUAAUUUAUGGAGAAAAUUACAUUUCUUUUCUAUGUGUGUGGGGUUCCUAUACGGUUGGGUUAGAUUGCUACAGUUGUUUUAUUUUAUUUUCUCUGUUUUUCUUCUCAUUGCCAGGUGCUUGUGAAAAUGCAUCUAUGUUUUUUUGUCACUUGAUCAGUUGUUUAUAGUUUUGUGGUUGUGUUCAUUUUGCCUAUUGUAGACCAAAAUAGAUUUUUUUUCUAAGAAAUGCAACAAAACAUAAAAAUGAAUCAGACACAAUAGCUGUGAUGUAAACUAUCGCAUGUUAAAACAUGUAUAAGAUUGUAAAUGUUGCAUCGUUCCACUGGCAAAACAUAAUAAUCAUUGGUUAUGUCUUCUAUACACACAUUUAGCACAUCAGUGUAGACCUGUUCACCUUCACAUUGGAUUAUAUUUAAAUAGUUUUUUGUGAUAGCAGUUUUCUUUGAAUAUUGGCGCUGUCUAAUAUUUUAAGGCUGUCCCUAAAAUACUAAUCUGACAUUGUGACUUUGAGUACAUUUAGCCAUUUAUACUUGAGAUGGACCAAGAUGUUAAGUUUGCACAUAUUUAUAGGUUGUUUAUUAAGCCAAAAAAAGGAAAGAGAAUACUUUGAGUAUCAGCAAUUCAAGUCAAAUCUCGCUGAGGUGUUAAACAAAUAUUACAGUCUUUAAUGUUCACUGAAAAAAAAAAGCAUCAGAGCCAGCCAUCACUACAUGAUGAAAAUUAAUUCAAAACCAAACCGUGACACAAAUUUCAAUAUCACAACGUGGUCCAAAUAUUUAUGAACAUAUAUUUUUGUAAUAAAAACACAUCAGAAUGUAAAACCAUUUGGCUAAAUUUAACAAUAUUUUAUUAUAACUGUAAGGUCUAAUUCAAGGUGAAUCUGCUGUAUAUUUUUCAUCCUGUGUGUUCAAAAUAGGAAAUUUAAUUACUGUAAUUCGGGCGUUGUUUUGCCCCGAAUUUUCUCAAAUAUUGGCAUUAAAAAUCAGAAAUGACAUGUGCCCUAAUAAAAGCAGCUUAGGUUCUUUUUUUUCAUCUGGCUUUCAGGCUUUUUGCUGCCAUAUCUUGUAUGUAGAUGCUUUUUGUAAACAUGCACUUGAGUUGACUAUGAGAUGUGCUUAUAAAUAUGUGUAUAUUUUGUUAGGCUUUCUUUUGCCUACAUUAGCUUGAUGUUUAUUAUUUCCCUAAGAAAAAAAAAUACUUCUCCUAUAUAGUUAUGAACUUGGCAGAAGUGGAGCUGUUGUAGUAAAAAGGUAGUUACCAUCACAACCCUGAAAUAUAUGCUGCAGUAAUGUGUUUUCAGUUUGUUUUUGAUAAUUUAUGCUCCAAGUUGGUUUGUAUUUUAUUAUUGUUAUGAAACAAGCUUGUUUGAAAUGUAUUGACUGCUGUUUUGAAAGAGGGGAUAAAGUUUGUUUGUUUUUUAAUGUUAUGUGCAAGGACGUUUUUAUAAUAUGAUUUGUCAAACACUGGACUGGAGUGAGUUUUCCAACAUUUCCAAGUUGAGAGAUGUAUUUGACAGACAUAACUGCACAGACAACACACGUUAGCACAGAUCGCGAGCUGACAGACAAGCACAUCCUCCCAGCUGUACAGGGGAGGGUGACUAACAUGGCCGCCAUCCUCCCGUUCGAAAUAGGAGUCAUUUAGAUGUAAGAAGUUAUGACAUUUCCUUUGUGCUGAUUAAUUGCAUUCAUUGGGUGAUGGGUUAUAUAUAAAAGGAAAUAUUUAUUAGGGUUUUUUCCUUCCAAAUUGCUGCACGGCAUCCACUGGUGACAGAUGUUGUUUUAUUUUUUUUUAUUAUUUUUUUUUUUCUGAAAAAGAAAGAGUGCUCUCUUAAAUAUUCAGAAUAAUUGUAAAGGGAUACCACUUGACAGCUAUCCAGUCAUCAGAAUCACCUGGUAUGUUCUUGCUAUGGUAGAUAUGAGUCUCAUUAACCCAACCACCACUUCUCAAACCAGAAAAGAGAUUUGCACUAGACUUAUUUUGGUCUUCUUCUAUCAAAAGCAAUAUAAUUCACUCUUCACAUUUUCGAACCAUGCUGAGUAUAUGGUGAUAUUUGACCAUUUGUUUUUGUAUUCAAAGGUACAGAAUCGGUGGCUUUUUUAAAUGCACAUCCACAUAUUGUCGUUUGUAGCAAGUUUUUUUUUUUUUUUUUACUUGGCAGUACCCCGAGUAUUAGUGUCCAGAUUUGAGGGGCAUUAAAACUGUUGUUUCCUCCUGUGAUUGUUUUGGACAAAUCAAGCAGCUCUGAAAGUGAGAGACGGGAUGUAUGAGGGAAGGAAUCAUUUCCCAUCAGUCUAUUGUCUUCAUUAAAACAUUUGAAGAUAAAAACCAAAACUCCAGCUGUCCACUAUCGUGCACACCACUCCCUUAAAAAAAAUAAAUAAAAAAACACUCGUCUUCUCUGCAUAUUUGGUCACUUUGAGUGCUUUUUUUUUAAAUGGGAUGUUACACAAAAAAUGCUUUAAAGUGAAAUACUUAUUCGAGGAAAAAAAAAAUCCAAAUGCACCUUUUCUUGUCGUCAGCAUCAUUGGCUACGUAUGUAGAGAAUCCACCAAAAUGUAUCAUACUUUUUCCAACGAGGUCACACACAAACAGCAGUAACUCUUGACCUUGACGUCAUUAUUUUGUUGAUGGAUAAGUGUAAAUUUUUGAAUAAUUCACAAACAGCAAAACUUCACCAUUUUAUCUGGAUGUAGUAGCUUUCCUGUUUUCACCGCUUUGUGGUGUUGUUGAAAGAUGUUGCGGUUUGUCUAAAUAUGUUGCGUGUUAGAGGAAGCAUAAGUAUGUGCCUUCUUGUAACCUUGGUGAGCUUGUUAUUAUUGAGAAGCUGAAGCCAGCCAAUUGUGUUUGCACUAAAACCAAAUUGCUUUUGUGAUGUAGACUAUUUAAGCAAGCUUGUUGCGUCACUUUAACCGUACAGUAUGCAUGAGGGUGAAAUUGGUAAGUCUAGGGCUAGAGCUCUCAUCUGUUGACCUGUAAACCAGUGCAGCUUAGAGGAUCUUGUGAAUAUAUCUUGGCUUAGUUUCGCAUUCAGUUUUCAAUUCCAUCUCCUUACUCAUCAAGUUUGUCACAGUUUAAAAAAUAAAAUAAAAUAAAAACAGGAAAAAAAAAAAGCAAAUAACACAUACCAUUCAAUACAAUACAGCUUUUACUUUCACAUGCCACAGUUAGAGAGUUACACAACUGCAGUAGAGAUAUCCAUUUCUCUGAAAUCCAUGGGAAUGCAUGAGUAUAAGAGGUCGCCUCAAGACUAUUGGUCAAAUUAAUUUAGGUUGUUUUUGAAAACUUGUAUUUAUUACAUAUUUUGUCGACAUCUGAGAAAGGCCUACAUGCUUUGAGUCUUACAAAUGCACCUUAUUCAUGUCAGUCCAUGUGGGGAAAAAAAAAGGCUGGCAAUGUAAUAUCUCUGAUUUAGCACCUUACUACACAGCAUGUUUUCACUUUAUGCCAGUUUAGCUAUUCUUCCUUAUGUAUGAUUUCAAAAAUAAAUCUCAUAUUUUGUGAAAUUGUUUCAUGGGAUGUGCCAAAGUUUGGAGGCGAUCUCCCAAGUGUUUAUGCUUAUCAUUUUCUUUUUCCUCCUCCUUCAGUUAUAACAAUGGUAUGUCAAAACUUUCCUAUAACAGUGUGUGGAAUCAAUUUAUCUCAGCAAACAGUAUCAUUACUUGCCAUUUUACAAUAAGCCCUGUAUUUCACAUAUAUUUACCAGUGAUGUGUAUUUGUUAUUAUAAAGAAAAUAGCCGUAAAAGCUUCAUUAUGUUACAUAAUAUUGUGACUUUUUUCGAAAAACUGUGAAGACUUAUCUUGCAUAUACUUUAUACAGAAGUAUUAAGCCUUAAUACAAAAGACUAAAAAAAGUGUGGAAGAAUAAACUGAUUGUUGCUAAGUAAGGAUGAUUUUUGUAAAUGUUACCAGCACUUUUUUUGUAAUUUUCACUCUCUGAGGUAUUGUACAAGUUCAAGCUGUUUGUGAAGUUUGAUUAUGAAGGAAUAAAAACUAGUACUUUCCUGUACUUCACAGAAA